GACAAAAAUUCUGUAAUGAAUCAAGAGUGGAAAACGCCUUCUGCGGCGAGUAGCAGAUCGUCCAGUCAACGCUCCAAUUCGUCCUCGACCGGAGACACGCGACGGACGUCGGCAUCAACGUCUUAUUCGGGGAAGAUAAGCCAGAAUUCUGCGGGCAGCGCGAGCGAGCUGCUGCAGCCUGAGGACGUGCACGCAGCCCUGAAGAACAUGCUCUUCCCGCGCAACUGCGACAGCCUGUGCGUGCUGGGACAGGACUCGCGGACCCUGAUGGCCGAAUACCCAGGCAUGAUGAAGCUGAAGGUCGUGUACUCGCUGAUGGUGGAGCAGCAAGUGAAGCAGUUCAAGGCCAGCAUGGUGUUGAAGCAGCAGCCGCGGUCGGUCGAGGGCCAGCGGCUCUUCGCCAGGGAGCUGGCCUUCUACAGGCACGUCGACCCGCAGCUGCGCCACGUCAUGGUGCAGACGAUGCAGUCGCCCGUGCCCAGGAGCUACCUCACCAGGGGCCACUGCGAGCUCCCCAAGCACCGCAACCCCUCGAUGCCCUUCCACAAGGGCGCCCCGGAGCCCGGAUGCGACGUCAACGCGCCAUCCGUGCUGAUCCUGCAGGACCUCUCGGUCGACGGCUUCCGGCCGGCCCACCAGCAGCCAGAGAUGGACUACAGACACUGCUCGGCUGCCCUCAGGGCGCUCGCGGUGCUGCACGGCAGCUCGGCAGUCGUCGACCGCUCCGACCCGAAGCUUAAGCGCGGAUCGUACCUGAAGACGGCCUUUCCCUUCCUCGUGCCAGACAGGUGCAUGACCGCCAGUCAGGAGAGCCUGUACGAGCGGGGAAUGCGAGUGAUCGGCGCCCUGGGACCGCACAUGGAGCCGCAGCAUCUGCUGCCUGGACGCGACGUCAGCAAAGUGGUUCGAUUCCUCCAGCGCCACUUGCAUCGUCUGAUCGAGGACAUCCUGACGCCGCACCCUGAGCAGCUGAACACCCUGUGUCACACCAACUGCAUGAGUGCCAGCAACCUGCAAUUUAUCCAGGACCAACGCCACCGCCCUGUCCAGUGCAAACUUAUUGGUCUUGGCCAGGUGCGCUACUGCAGACCGGCAGUCGACAUUGCCCUCAUUCUUUACUGCGCUGGCGACCGGGAAGUCAGAGCUUCAAAGGUGAACCUGUUGGUGGAAGUGUACCGCGAGGAGUUCAACAACACGCUCGAAAAGUGCCAGAGGAAGCACCACUCGGCGCUGCCGACGUCCGUCGGCCUUCUGAGCGCCAGCCACCUGGCCGAGGCGCUGAUGGAGACCAAGCUGUUGGGCGUAGCGAUGCGCGCAAUGAUCGUGGCGACGGAGUUCGGCGUGGCCAAGAAAGGCCUCUCGGACGAGGAGGCGGCCGUGCGGGAAUUCAGCAAGAACAAGCAGUACCGCAGCAGAGCGACCGAGGCCGUCAGGGACCUGAUGGAGGCCAUCGAACCCUACAUCGGCGACUGCUGGCUGACCUCGGAGCACAAACAGUGCCCUCACCACACGCACAACAACAAAUUCAAGCCAAACCCGGUGCUGCUGGCCAAAACCAAGCACACCACCGAUAAUUGAAAUAAAAUCACGAUAUAUACAGAUGUUAAAAUUAAU